GCCCCCAGUCGAGACCAAACGGCAGCCUCUCUCCGGCUGUGUGCCCUUAUCUACCAAUGGAAUGCAACAGCUGUGCGGGGGAGCAGCAGGGUGGGCUGGCUGAAACCCCCCUGCCAGACCCCUGCACGGCUCCCCCACCACCACCACCACCUCCACCUCCAAGGGACGUACUGGGCUCCUGAAAGGCAGCUCAACUAAAAAGUGAGCUAGACACACAGUGAGAGACUCGGCAGGGCUGCUGCACAUUCAAAAUAGAGGGAGAGGGAGGGAAGAGAGAGAGCGAGAGAGAGAGAGAGAGAGAGACAGGGAGGGAGAGAGAGAAGGAGAGUCAGGGACAGGCAGUGCUGAAAAGGAGAGCACAAAGAGAAGGAAAGUGGAGCAGGGGAGGGGAACAGGAGGCUGGGUGAAGGGAGAGGGAAAGACAAAAGAAGGAGAGGGGAGACUUAGCAGGGUGAACGGAGGGGACUGAGCAAAUGGCUACGGAGGAGACGGCGGGGGGAGCCAGGAAAGCCACCAAGAGCAAACUGUUUGAGUUCCUGGUCCAUGGAGUGCGUCCUGGCAUGCCGUCUGGAGCGAGGAUGCCCCACCAGGGCGCCCCCAUGGGCCCCCCCGGCCCACCGUACGGAGGGAGCCCUGCUGUGCGGCCCGGCCUGCCCACCCCGGUGAUGGAGCCCAGUCGCAAGAGGCCCGCCCCCUCCCAGCAGGUCCAGCAGCAGCAACAGCAGCAGCAGCAGUCCGUCCAGAGCCGGGCCAGAAAGAAGCCGGUCGGAUUCCCCGGAGCCAAUGAGAUGCCGGCGAGGCAGAUGGACAUGAGAGAGCCCCAAUCAGAUCCCACGCUCGGAUCCAAUGCUAAGAGAAGGAAAAUGGCAGACAAGAUUCUUCCGCAAAGGAUCCGUGAGCUGGUGCCGGAGUCUCAGGCCUACAUGGACCUGCUGGCCUUCGAGCGCAAGCUGGACCAGACCAUCAUGCGCAAACGUGUGGACAUCCAGGAGGCGCUGAAGAGACCAAUGAAGCAAAAGCGUAAACUGAGGCUUUACAUUUCCAACACCUUCAACCCCGCCAGACCCGACGCCGAUGACUCAGAUGGCAGCAUUGCAUCUUGGGAGCUGCGAGUUGAGGGGAAGUUGCUCGAUGAUCCGGGGAAGCAGAAGAAGAAGUUCUCUUCCUUUUUUAAGAGCCUGGUGAUCGAGCUGGACAAAGACCUGUACGGUCCUGACAACCACUUGGUCGAGGUGUGUCUCCUACAGUGGCACCGCACGCCCACCACCCAGGAGACGGACGGCUUCCAGGUGAAGAGGCCCGGAGACGUGAGCGUGCGCUGCACUCUGCUGCUGAUGCUUGACUACCAGCCUCCGCAGUUCAAGCUGGACCCGCGCCUGGCUCGCCUGCUCGGCAUUCACACUCAGACCCGCUCCUGCAUCAUCCAGGCUCUGUGGCAGUACGUCAAGACCAACAAGCUGCAGGACUCCCACGACAAGGAGUACAUCAACUGUGACAAGUACUUCCAACAGAUUUUUGACUGCCCGCGGCUGAAGUUCUCCGAGAUCCCCCAGCGUCUCACCAACCUCCUUCUGCCCCCGGACCCCAUCGUCAUCAACCACGUUAUCAGCGUGGACCCCAAUGACCAGAAGAAGACGGCGUGCUACGACAUCGACGUGGAGGUGGAGGACCCCCUGAAGGGCCAGAUGAGCAGCUUCCUCCUCUCCACCGCCAACCAGCAGGAAAUCGCCUCACUCGACAACAAGAUCCACGAGACCAUCGAGUCCAUCAACCAGCUGAAGAUCCAGAGGGACUUCAUGCUCAGCUUCUCCAGAGAUCCCAAGGGCUACAUCCAGGACUGGCUCAAAUCUCAGAGCAGGGACUUAAAGCUAAUGACAGACGUGGUGGGGAACCCUGAGGAGGAGAGGAGGUCUGCGUUCUACCACGAGCCUUGGUCUCAGGAGGCCGUGAGCCGCUAUUUCUACUGCAAGAUCCAGCAGAGGAGGCAGGAGCUGGAACAGGCCUUAGCUGUCCGCAACACCUAAACCAAGGCCCUCCUGCACCUCUGCAUCUGAUUUCAGAGCCGUGUGUGUGUGUGUGUGUGUGUGUGUGUGUGUGUGUGUGUGAGGCCAUCGCUGUAGUCUGCUGAAACCUAAUACCUCUCAAAGUGUCAGUAACUUAAAACAAACGCAGCCUUUGUCUUUGUGAUAGCGAUUACAUUUUUUUAAGGGUUUUGAAAAGGAAAUUGGAAAUUUGAGGGGGGUUUCCACAAGCCGGCAGCGAUGUGCAUGAAUGGAAGACAGACCUCCGACGCUCGUCCUGCGUUCGUGUCUUCUGUUUUUUAUUUUUUUGUGCAGAACCGUGAGGACACCGUUGCUAAUCGCAUGUUUUUAGCCGUCAGAGGUCGACAUCCUCCGUCUCACUGCCGGAUAAACGACGCUCCUCAUCAUCACUCUCUCUCCGCUUUGUAAAUACUAGCAAACCCCACCACCACCACCACCACCGUCUCUCCCUGUCAAGUCAAACUCACCUGACUGCUCUGGAUCCUCAGAAGAGCUCGGACCUGGUGUCACAUUUUUUAUUUUCUUAAUCAUUUUUUCGGGGAGGUUUGAUCGUCGGUGCGACCGUGUGUGGUUUCUUUCAUUUGUUCUCAUGAGGAGAGUGUUUGUGGAAACACUGAGGAGUAACUACACCAGCAAAGUGGAGGUGGGACACAUUGGGUGGUUGCAGGGAAUCAAUGAUAUCGAUAAACCUGAGAUUUUCAUUUUCAGGUUUGAAGGAAUCAGUUUGACGACAGCCAACGUGUCUCACUUAAGUCUUAUUCGCCGGUAAACAGAUUUUUCUUUUUACGGCGAUUCCUACGACAGUAUUAGAUGAGUUAACUGUGAGUAUUAUCACACGAGCAGAUCCAAGUCUGUGUUUUAAUGAAGGACAAAACAAGUAUUGAUCAUUGUCACAAUAUCUUUUCUUCCCUUAAGCAAAACAAGAUGUUCCUUGUACAUGUUGACACUCACUGCCUCUUCCUCGUGUCGUAUUGUUUGGCCAGUUAAUGGUUUGAAGGUUUUACCAAAGGUUGCAACGAGAGGAAGAGAAACUGAAACGGAAAAUGGACAAAAAUCCAGAUCUGGUUUUUAGUUGAAAUUGCAAACGGGAAGAAAAACUCUUUGGGUGGGUUGGUCUUAAAUGUUCUUUUUAAACAAACUCAGUAGAGCUUGUACCUCCGCCAAGGCCCAAAAGAGCCUUUCAAUUAAAUCAAGCUGCACCAAAUUUCACACGCUCAUAGUUAUUAGUCCUUAAAUGUGCCUGAUUAUUUUCAUCAAGAUCCAUGAAUUAUUCCCUGGGAAAUUGAGGAUGUUAAAGAAAAUGGGGGGGGGGAAUCCUGAAUCUCUCUGUCCAGAUUCGCACUGAAAUUGAAUGGCUUUCUUCUUGGCUCAGGUCCCAUCCUUCCACCAAGUCGCAUGGAAAUCCAUUCAGUAGUUUUGUUCUGCAGAGAUGACUUCCUUGGCGGAGGGAACACUAAUUGCAAUAAACACUUAAAAAGCCCCGGUUUGAAGCUUUGUCCAUUUGUACACUUUUUUAUUGUUACAUGAAGAUCUUUUUUUUUGUUUUCUAGAGAUGUGAAUGUAAAUAAGUUGUUUUCCCUGCAGAGGGCCGACUGUACAGUCCACGACAGAUUAUGUGUUUGGUUUGUUUUGGGGGGGGUUCUGGGAUGGAUGUGGCGGGAGGCGGGCGGGUUGAGUUACAUGGUGCAGGAUGGGAGCUCCAUGAGUUUUGAAUUAGUAGAGCAGGAAUGUUAGCGUUCCUCUGUGUCCCCUCUCGGGUCGGGGUGGUUUAUUUUAGGUCCAUCAUGUUUAUCGUGGGAGCUGAGGGAGACCUCCCUCGCUCUCGACCCCAUCCGUUAGCUGUAACACACGAUAUAAUCCACACCACCUCAUGUUACACUUCUUUUUCUAACACUACACUCGACUUGUACGUAUACACGGUCAGAUGGAGGAUUUCUUCUCAGCAGUCAGUUUCUAGCUGGAACCUUUUUCUGGGUUUCUUUGCACUGUGCUGUAACUGUUUAGUUUUUUUUUUUAAAUCCCAGCAAACACAAAACGUGAUUGGACGAUUUCACAAAGACCUAUGCAUGCUCCGUUCACUAAUACAGCUGAUGGGACGGUUUGUGUACAUAUAUGGAAAAGGAAGCUGGCAUAGCCGUCUGUGUGAAGACUCGUUGAAAUGCCUUCUGGGAAACUUUUUUGCCAAAAAUGAUGUGCCCUACCAGCAACUAACUGUAGGUGUGAUUUUACUUUCUCGUCUGUGUUUUUUGUUACUAGGUCUAAGUUAUAUUAACUGCACUCGUUAGAGGAGGAACAGUAGUCGGUGGUAGUAUUUUAGUCCUGUGUCGAACCCAGAGUGACUUUUCUUUGUAUGGCCAGGGCAUUCACAUUGUCGUCACUGAAUCACUAGCACCUUCCUGUGGAGGAAAGUCGCAGCUGCAGCUCCUCGGCAGUGAGCAGCACAGUACCAGGCUCUUAUCUGACUCACCAUGACUACUGUGUCUCCUGUUACUGAAGCCUGGUGACCUGUCGACAUGUCCCCCUGCAUGUGUUCCCUCUCUCUGUUUACACUGAGGGUCACCGACAGGAUGAUUAGGGUACACACGCAUAACACUGUUUAUCGGUAAAGAGCAGAACUUGUUUGGUGAUUUACAAAAGACGAAGAGGAGGAAAACAAAAAAAAAAAGAAGGGAAAACAGCUGUGAUACUGCGAGACAGCCUGGAUGUAAAUAAAGAAGCGCUUGCCAAAGUUUGUAAAUGCCA